AUAUGACAUAUGACAUAUUUUUGCAAUUAAGAUUGCUGCCUUUUUUUGUGUUAAUUGGUUGAAAUUUGAUUAGUAAGUCCGUGAAAUAAAGUGGAUUCAAUCUGAUAUUGAAAUACUAAAAUAAUGACAUUUAACUUUAGAGAAAUGAGUUGGUCAGAUGUUCGUGAUCAAUUUCGGAAAUAUCGUGAGGAUAAUGAGCGUCGUAGUGAUGAAGUUAUCCAACUGUGGGAAGCAGUAUUAGAAAAUCGAGUCCAAAAGACUGGCAACGAAAGGCACCUUAUAUUGGAACAAGUAAUACUUGCCGCUUUGGACACGUCACGAUUUGAUAUUGCAGGAAAAUGCAUAGAGCAACUGAGCACGGAAUUUCCUGAUAGCAUGCGGGUAAUGAAAUUCGAAGCCAUGCGCCUGGAAGCUAUGCAGAUGUAUGAUGAAGCUAAUGAUUUGCUCGAUGAAAUCAUUGCAAAGGAUGAAACAAAUGCUGCACCUCGGAAACGAAAAAUAGCUAUAUUGAAAGCAAAGGGAAAACGUACAGAGGCUAUUAAAGAAUUAAGUGAAUAUUUAAAAACGUUCAUGUCUGACCAAGAAGCGUGGCAUGAGCUAUAUGCAUUAUAUUUGGCGGAGGGUGAUUAUUCAAAAGCAGUGUUCUGUUUGGAAGAAGUUUUACUGCAUAACCCACAUAGCCAUCUUAUACAACAACGUAUUGCAGAGAUCCGAUAUACAAUGGGUGGAAUAGAGAAUGUGGAAAUCGCUCGCACCUAUUAUUCGCAAGCUCUCAAACUGAAUCCAAAUAAUUUGCGUGCACUAUACGGCCUAUAUCUGUGCUGCAGCUACGUUGCCAAUUCUCGCGCCUUGGUUUCGAAGCGCAAAGAAGCACAGAAAAUGGCGCAAUGGGCAUUGGAGAAUGCAACAAUGCGAACGACAAAAUCAUCGAAAAUUUCUAGCAACGAUAAAUUAAUUUCGGUUCUAGAAAGUACAAUGGCUAGCUUAGAUAUUAAGUCUAAUUGACAUUGUCCUGAAACAUUCGUAAUUUUGCUCUAGUAGAUGAUAAUAUUAAAUACCCGUUUAACUAAGAUUUACUUGUACAUUCAUUGUCAAUCCUAUAGCCAUUACCAAUCCCAUUGAAUGUGAAGUUUAAUUAUAAGUUAAGCUUAAAAGUUGCGGAAAACAUAUAUCAAGGUUUUUAUAAAAGUUCGCUUAACUUUUUGGCAUCCGCGAUACAGUAAAAUAGCAUUUCAUUGUGAGCAGAGGCUGAUUUCGGUUGAAUAAACUUUUAUUUACAACAAUUUGCCAGCCAGCGAAACCGCUGACUUCAUACGGCUGAUUAAAAUUCAAUCAACUAAACAAAUUGGGAUUAAGCAUUUUAAAGUUAGAAAUAAUUAAAACAAUUAAUUAGCAUAUUUUCCGUCGUUUACUACUUUAGACAUUUAGGUAAAAAGUCAUAAAGUCAUAUAAUUUGACUACAGCUCUAAAAAUAUUGUUUUUAUUUUGUAAAAAACCAAAAAUGUCGAAACAAUCAUAACUUUGCAACUUUGAAAAAAAAUCUUCUUAAUACUUAGUGAGCUGCCCAAUUGUUAUCUUUGAAAGUGAACAGAUGAAAAUUUAUGAAGUUUGCUCUUGGAUAAGUUUCUUUAUAUACAGCCAUGGACAGAGAAAUAGCACACAAGACAAACUUCAUCUCCAACUUCAUUUUCUUCACUAUAUAACAUGUAAAUAACAUUUUAUUCUUUGCAAAAACAAUCAAUUUAUUUAUAACAUAAAAUUUAAUUUCAAAAAUCAA